ACAAACUGUCAUGGCCUCUUAUGAAGUAGUAGACACGAGAAAACAAUAACCGUCGAUUUGGAAAUAGUUUAAAAGCAGCACUUUGUCGUUAAACAUUGCCUUUUUGUUUUUUGUUUUUGGGAGGCUUAACUUCCACAUCAAUGAUUUGCCGAAUUCUACCUUUGAUCUUAAUCGGUGAAAUGGUACAAGAUUAACCGCGUCUGGGAGACAAAAUGCCAUGUUGCACAUGACAUGAAAACUUGUUCAACGAAGAUUCUUUGGAAGACUGUCAUAUAACAAGAGGUUAUGGAGAAACCAUGCAUUUUGGCAACCACACUUGGAGGAAAAGGUGGCAUCGACCAGCGUUUUGCACCUUGUAUUGAGAAACACUUCACUGUAAUCCCAUAUGAGAGAUUUGUACAUAAGAAAGAAGACUUCGCAGACAAAAUCCAGGCACUAUUUGUGUGGGGUGUAACAAUUAAAGUUGACCAAAAUCUGUUACAGUCCUUGCCUAACCUUAAAGUUGUAGUCAAUGGCGGAGUAGGAGUAGACCAUCUUGAUAUUCCUCUGAUCAAUAGCUUUGGAGUCAAAGUUUCCAACACUCCUCAUGUGGUGGAUAAUGCCACAGCAGAUAUCGGGAUGGGCUUGAUGUUGGCAUCUGCAAGGAAGAUUGUUGAGGGGCACAAUUUUUCUAAGUUCCGUGAAUCUGAUGAUUUACUAGAGGCCUCUUUAGGCACUGAUGUUAGUGGGGCCACCCUAGGCAUCAUUGGCAUGGGUAGAAUUGGAUACAAAGUAGCCAAAAGAGCGCAAGGGUUUGAGAUGAAAAUCCUCUACCACAAUAGGUAUCGAAGGGCCGAGAGUGAAGAGAAAGCAGUUGGGGCCACAUAUUGUGAAAGGAUGGAGGAUCUGCUACAGAGCUCAGACUUUGUCAUGGUGGUGGUCAAUCUGUCCCCUCAGACACACAAACUGAUUGGUGCCAAAGAGCUUGCCAUGAUGAAACCCAGCAGCACCCUUAUCAACAUUAGCAGAGGCUUGGUAGUGGACCAAGAUGCCUUAGUGGAUGCUCUCCAGAAGAAACUGAUACGAGCUGCAGCUUUAGAUGUCACUUAUCCUGAACCUCUGCCCAGGGACCAUCCCCUGCUGUCCUUCCCUAAUGUUAUAGUCCUGCCUCACCUAGGAACCAAUACUGUGGAGACAACUCAGGUCAUGGUGGAGAGGAUGGUGACCAAUGCCUUGGCCGCUCUAUCCGGAGGCCAGCCUCCUGAUGAGGUUAAGGCAUAGAGCCAGAUCACAGAGCCAUCUGUCCUUCCUUUUAUUUUAACCCAGCAAAACGUAUGACUGAAAAGACUGAUUAGACAUAAUAAUAAUAAUUGUAUUAUAAAACUGAAUCGGAAUAUGUUUUGAGAAAUCUGUGAGUUUAGAAUUUGUCUCUUGCUUAACUGUAAGUUAAAUGGAUGCAUAUAUUGAUUCUGUAUAACAGCACAGUAUAAAAAUUGAUAUGCUUGCCUCAUGAUAAUUUAAAAAAUGUUCUCAUCCUGAUGCUAAUUAGUCUACUCUAAAAUAAACUUUAAGUGAGGUACAGAAGAA